CAGUACACCUGUUGCACUUCCCAGGCUCUCUCUCUCGCUCUCUCUCUCUCUCUCUGCCUCUGUCUAUCUCUGCUUCUCUUUCUUUUUUUCUUUUCCCGCUUUUUUCCCUUCUUUUUCUCCUUCACUGGGUCGAAAGCACAGAAGUAUCUGAGGGCCUCACCAUGGAUUCCAAAGAGGCCGCAGGGGCCGAGAAGGAGAAGGAGAAAGAGAAGGAGAGGGUGAUAAAGAGGAGGAACCGGCCUGUGUUUCUGCGUUACCUGGAGAGGAGACGGACGGACACCAUUGUGCCUGACGAUAUGGCCAAAGGUGACAUCAACCUGGGGACGCUGGUGAGGAGGAGUCAGUCUGACAAGACGGAGUACAGCGCCAAACUUAAAGAGAAAAUGACGUCGCACGACCUGUCCACGCCUCUCUCUCCUGCUCUGGAACCAGAGGAAGUCCGAACGAGAAAGAUGAAGCGCAGGGCCAAGGUCAUCCAGGAGCUUGUGCAGACUGAAAAGGACUACCUCACUGACCUUGAGCUGUGCAUCAGAGAGGUGGUCCAGCCUCUGCGGAAUCUGCAGGUUAUGGAUGUCGAUCGACUGUUCACCAACAUGGAGACAGUGUGUGAGGUUUCUGCAGCUCUUCUUCACCGGCUGCACGAGGCCGUGGCAGAGCCCGAUCCAGAGGCAGUCAUCAUAGGUGAAGUAUUUAUCCAGGCGAAGGCAGCUUUAGAAGAUGUGUACAAGAUUUACUGUUAUCACCAUGACGACGCCAACAUGUCGCUCAAGUCCUACGAGAAAGAGGAAGAAAUCAAACAACAUUUUACCGCAUGUGUAUUUGAACUGAAGAAAAUCUACGACCAAGAAGGGAAACCUAAUUUGAUAGACAUGGGUUCACUGAUCAUCAAACCCGUCCAGAGGAUCAUGAAGUAUCCACUGCUGCUCGGGGAGCUGUGGCAGGCCACACCUGAAGACCACCCUGACCACCAGCCGCUACAGGAGGCCUUCACCCUGGCCAAGAUCAUAAACGUCAACAUCAAUGAGUUUAGAAGACGUAAAGAUAUAGUAAUGAAGUACAAGCGGUUGGAAGAUGAAGGCACACUGAGAGGAAAACUGAACAAGUUCAACAUUCACUCUAUUCGGAAGAAAGGAGACAGGUUUGCUGGUUAUCUCAAGAUCCUCACUGGGGUGGAACCACAGGUGAGGGAUGAAAUAUUCGAUCGUGAGGAGAAGCUGUUCCGCUGUCUGGAAAAAGCUGUGAGACAGCUGGUCAAAAACGUUUACUGUUGCCUGCAGCAUACUCAGGAAAUGGUGUCUGUGGCUGCUCAGAAUGCGCAGGACAUGAAAAAUAUCAGCAAAGACUCAAACAAAAUUGACACAAAUUCAAGCUCAUUGCACUGUAAUGGCAAUGAUCCCUACAAGCACUUUAAAGACAGUAUGGAGCGCCUGGUCCUCACCCCGCUCGCCGCCCUGCAGGGAACCUUCACAGCCCCUCAGAAGCUCAUCCAGAAACGUUACGACAAACUGCUGGAUUACUGCAGCCGCCUGGAGCGCUCCUCCUCUUUCUCAUCCUCCUCUUCCACCACUUCGUCCUCUCCCUCGCUGGUUUUAGAGGAGCCGCCUGGUCCCGCCAGGAGGGACUACGAGGCCCUGAACGCUUUGCUGGUGGAGGAGCUGCAGAAGUUCAACACGGCCGCCUACGCCAUCUUGACCAACAGCGUGACGUAUUUAGUGGUUCUGCUGCGAGGACUGAUGAGCAACAUGCUGGUUGGUGCUCCGUCCAUCCGUCAGCUGCCGGCUCCGCUAUCAAACAUAGCUGAAGUGCAAAACAGCAUCAUGGACGAGCUGAACAACCUGACUUUUGUCAAGGACAAUGCACAGAAGUUAAUGGAGCGGAAAGUCAGCUUCGAGAGACAACGGGACAAGAAAAUAGCAGUGCCGGAGGUGCAGCACCAAACCGAGGAACAGCGUUCGAGGCUGCUGGCGGAAUACCCGCAGAGCCGCCUGUACCAGCUGAAGAGGAAGUGCAACGGCUGCCAGGAGCAGGACCUCAGCCUGCUGGAGGGCGAGCUGGUGGCCCUGCUGGAGGACACCGACCCGUUCGGCAGCAGCAGUCGCUGGCUGGUUCACACCGGAGGUAGUCAAGGCUAUGUCUACUCCACGUUCCUGAAGCAGUACAACCCUCUGAGGGACUCACAGCGAUCGGGCCAGAAGGCCAAAGAGCAGCAGCAGCAGCCACAGCAGCAGCCGCCACCACCGCCUGUCAUGGUGGACGAGGACUUUGACGACUUCAGUCUGUUUGUGACUUCAGGAAGUGGCAGCAGCAGCCUGCGAAGCUUCAACCUGAAUACCACUGACAGCAGCUCCACACUCUCUGGUCUACAGGGGGAGCUGGAGAGUGCCGAGGACCUGGAGGUCACACUGGACUCAGAGGCACAGCAGUUUUAUGCCGUGUAUGCAUUUCAAGCCCGCUGUGACCAGGAGCUGACCCUGCAGGAGUACCAGCAUGUCCGCAUCCUGAAGUUCAGCGACCUGGGAGGCAAUAAGGAGUGGUGGUUGGCUGAGGCCAACGGACAAAAGGGAUACGUCCCGGCCAACUAUCUUGGCAGGAUGUCCUAUGCAUAAAAAACGAACCUGCCAGACAUUUCACAUUUUGGGCAUUGAGGUUUGUGCGUCAGUGUGACAAUAUUUAAUAAUGUGCAAAGCUGCUUUGUCCCUUACGGUUGAAUUUGGAUUUUCUGACACGUUACAUUUCUUCAGAAAUAAUUUUCAUUGGUAUCAAACCUAAAGUGUUGUAGUUGAAUCUACUCUGCAUCGAUAGUUAAAUAAUGGCACUUAGUACUGAACAGUGGCGAUAUGAGACACUGUGCUGGGCACUUUGUGGACUUCAGUGUUGUCGAGUUGAAAAUGAAGUGAUUCAUUCAUGAAGCAAAUUUUCUGUGUAAAUUGAAGUUUGUACAGAUUGAUUUAUAGAUGAAGUAUAUGUUACAAAUGAAGAGUUUAUAAUGAAAUAUAUGUGAAGCUUUCUACAGUGUUUUACAUCUAUUUGUCCUGAAAUGAAGAAAAUUAUUACAUAUUUUAUCACCUCCACUAUGAAUAAAUGUGACUACCAUGAUUGA